AUGACGAAGACUCAGCUUGUCACAGAAGUUGGUCCCCCUUUCAACGGCCUGAAAGUAGCCGACAAACAUGUUGAGGUGACGCAAGAGAUGUACACCCAAGAGCGAGAGAAGCGUCUUCGUCCUGGUGCACGGUCCGAAUACUUGGAUCUGUAUUCCCUUGAAAGAUUCCGCCAUUUCAAAAGUGACAAGUGGGCCGAAGAGGAAGCUUCCCACCCCAAUGGCCCUUUGAGACCAGAUGACGGCUCGCGAUGUGAGAUAUUGAUCAUUGGUGGUGGAUGGAGCGGCUUGGUUACGGCGGUCAGACUCCUCGAGGCCGGCUUUCAACUGGAGGAUAUACGUAUCGUAGACUUUGCUGCUGGGUUUGGUGGUACUUGGUAUUGGAAUCGUUACCCAGGAUUAUGUUGUGACGUCGAAAGCUACAUCUAUAUGCCUCUACUAGAGGAGACUGGGUACGUACCGACACAGAAAUAUGUCAGUGGCAAUGAGCUGCGCGAGCACGCCAAGAGAAUUGCCGCAAAGUGGAAUCUCGACCGCAUUGCAUGGUUUCAGAACCGCGUGACCUCUCUUGCAUGGGACGACAAUUCCCAAGAAUGGGCCACUACCCUUGUCCCUCAGCGAAAGCACGGAAAGGAAGAAGACCCGAUUACAGUUCGGUCACGAUUUGCAGUCCUUGCCACAGGCCUUCUUUUUGUUCCCCAUGUUCCCGAUAUCCCUGGAAUCGAAAAAUUCAAGGGUGCAUGCUUCCAUCCAGCGCGCUGGGACUACCAGACCACCGGGGGCUCGGCCGAGAAACCCGAUAUGGUCAAUCUCAAGGGGAAGCGAGUCGGAAUAAUCGGCACUGGUGCCACCGCAGUUCAAGUAGUACCACACCUGGCUCAGUGGUCAGAAGACUUGUGCGUGUUCCAGCGGACACCCUCGGCGGUGGAUCGACGUGACAACGAGCCUACUGACGCUGAAUGGGCUCGUAAUGCGUUCUCUACUCCAGGCUGGCAGAAAGCACGGCAGAGUAACUUUCAUGACUUCGUUACGAAUUCACCAUGCAAGGCAAGCGACGAUAUGGUUAGAGAUGGAUGGACGCGCAUGCCUUCGUACAGUGCCAUGACUGGGACACAGAGUUUGGACUGUUCCACACCAGAGGCCAUUCAGAAACACCUUGAGACGCUCCAUGCCCUUGACCUGCCCCGACAGGAGAGUAUUCGGAAACGGGUUGAUGAGGUCGUGACUGACCCGGAUGUGGCGUCGAAGCUCAAGCCCUGGUAUCCGGGGUGGUGCAAGCGUCCUUGUUUCCACGACGGAUACCUCCAGACAUUUAAUGAACCACAUGUCCAUCUAGUUGAUACCAGCGCUGUUGGAAUCAAGGAAAUCACGCCUGAGGGAGUUGUGGUCGGAGAUGAAGAAUAUAAACUGGACGUGCUCAUCGUUAGCACUGGCUACAGGAGCCUGUUUUCCCCUAGCCCUGCUGGCCGAGUCAGCAUUGAGAUCAACGGUCGCAAUGGGCUCUCCUUUGACAAAAAAUGGGAAGAAGGCGUCACGACACUACACGGAAUGAUGAGCAAUGGAUUUCCCAAUUUGUUUUGGCCCGGUCUAGUUCAAGCUGGAGCCGGUCCCAAUUUCACCGCCUGUGUGGAGAUGUUUGGAACUCACGUCGCCUCCAUCAUAUCUCACGCGGUUGAAACCACUAGGCCUACAGAAAGAAACAUUGAGACUACCGGCAAAUACAAGAUUCCCUGCACAGUCGAGCCUACUGCCGACGGCGAAGAAAAAUGGUCUCAGCUUGUUGCUUCACAGGCGGGAGCCUUUGCAAGCAUUGGUGGCUGUACCCCUAACUACUACAACGGAGAAGGAACUUUGGGUGUCGGUGCGUCUCCUGAAGAGAUGAAACGGCUGGCCAGGAUGAGCCUGUGGGUCGGGGGUCCUGAUGACUUUGGGAGACUUAUCGCCGAUUGGAGAGCAGCUGGCUUCAAGGACCUUGAAAUUGCGCCUGCUCCUUAG